CGUGCUUUUGGAAAUGAACUCUUCUUAUGUAAAUUGUGUUUCCUGAAAAAGGUCACUCAAAUAUAAUUAUUAACAACCACACAUUAAUUAAAGUUACAGUGAGACCCCUUCAGACCCGCAGUUUUACUGAUGGGAAAAAAAUAAUACAAUCUGCCCUGAUUUUUACUCAAACACCACAACAAAGUGCAAUUUUUUGGUUUGGUUAUUUAAAGUUUUUAUUGGUCAUUUUUUAUGUUAAUGUGUUUUUGAUGACAAACGGGCACUUUACGUUAUUCGUUUUGAAAGAGCCAAAAAUAGCAAAGAGGGCUUCUCACUACUCAUGAUUUGAUUUCAAUGGGUAAAGUUUCAUACAAUCAUCUCCCAGAAGUGACAAUUGCAACUGAAUUCACUGUAUUUAUUGGUUUAGAGAUGCGCACGCAUCAUGUCCUCCCGCAGCAAGUCUGAAGGGGUUAAAACAUAUUGACGUUCACAGCUGGCGCGGGAAGACUGAUUAAGCACCGCCCAAUGCAUUGCAGAUGAGAACAAUUGAAUGAGAGGAGGAAGUGCAACUUUUGGAAAGUCACCCUGAUUAAAGUACAUAUACUACCUGUUUUAACGCAGAGAAUUGGCAAUGCCUUCCCUGAGAAGCAGGAAAUCACCAAAACAGGAUGCCAUUGAACAUGCUUUAAUGGGUCUGGAUAAGACUCUCGAGUUGGAGAAGAAGUACAUCAGUUCUUUUAAAGGUCGAGGAGUAUUUACCAAAGCCCCUUUCAGGAAAGAAGAUUUUGUGGUGGAGUACAGAGGAGAUUUAAUAGAUUGGGAUGAAUCCCAAAAGAGAAAGAUGGACUAUGGAACAGGAAGAGUCUUUGUCUUUGAUUUCCGCUGGCAAGAAAAAACUUGGUGCAUUGAUGCUGCCAAAGAAGAUGGCAGUCUCGGAAGACUGGUCAAUGAUGACCACAAGCACCCAAAUUGUAAAAUGAAGAUGAUUGUGACAGAGGGCAAGCCUCACCUGUGUUUAUUUGCACAAAGAGACCUUGACAUUGGUGAAGAGAUAACUUAUGACUACGGACCAGCGGACUGGCCUUGGAGGAAAAAGGACAAAGGACAAUCGACUGUGACGAAAACUGCUGAGAGUGAAAUUUCCAGGACCAGAGAGCAGCCUCCACAAUCUAAAGACUCGGAUAUGGAGGUAUGCAUAGCAUGUGCUUUAAAGCUGCAGUUUGUCUCAUAUUGGUUAAUGGUUUAUAUUACUUCUCCACUUGUUGAUUAG